AAGAAAAUCCAUCCUCAAAGACAACAAUCAGCACAGGCGGAGAUGGAAGUUUUCCCCUUGCUCUUGGUUUUGUGCUUCUGGUGGUCUCGAACCUGGGACUCGGCGAGUGCGGAUUCGAUCAUUCACAUCGGAGCAAUUUUUGAUGAAUCUGCCAAAAAGGAUGAUGAGGUGUUUCGCACGGCAGUUGGCGACCUCAACCAGAAUGAGGAGAUCUUACAGACUGAGAAAAUCACAUUUUCGGUAACGUUUGUUGAUGGCAACAACCCUUUUCAAGCAGUUCAAGAAGCCUGUGAACUCAUGAAUCAAGGCAUCUUGGCCCUGGUCAGCUCCAUUGGCUGCACAUCAGCUGGGUCCCUCCAGUCUUUGGCAGAUGCCAUGCACAUCCCCCACCUCUUCAUUCAGCGCUCAACAGCUGGGACCCCAAGGAGUGGCUGUGGACUCACCCGGAGCAACCGGAAUGAUGACUACACUCUCUCUGUUAGGCCACCUGUCUACUUAAAUGACGUUAUCCUGAGAGUGGUCACAGAAUAUGCCUGGCAGAAGUUAAUUAUAUUCUAUGAUAGUGAAUAUGAUAUCCGUGGAAUUCAGGAGUUUUUGGACAAAGUGUCUCAGCAGGGGAUGGAUGUUGCACUUCAGAAGGUAGAAAACAACAUCAAUAAAAUGAUCACCACUCUCUUUGAUACCAUGAGAAUAGAGGAAUUGAAUCGCUAUCGAGACACUCUUAGGCGAGCCAUCCUUGUUAUGAAUCCUGCCACAGCCAAAUCCUUCAUUACUGAGGUUGUGGAGACGAAUUUGGUUGCUUUUGACUGUCACUGGAUCAUUAUAAAUGAGGAAAUAAGUGAUGUGGAUGUACAGGAACUUGUAAGAAGGUCAAUUGGAAGGUUAACCAUCAUUCGUCAGACAUUUCCAGUCCCCCAGAAUAUAAGUCAGCGAUGUUUCCGUGGCAACCAUCGAAUAUCUUCAACGUUGUGUGAUCCAAAGGAUCCAUUUGCUCAGAAUAUGGAGAUUUCAAACCUUUACAUAUAUGACACGGUGCUUCUGCUUGCUAAUGCUUUUCAUAAGAAGCUGGAGGACCGAAAGUGGCACAGCAUGGCUAGUUUGUCAUGUAUCAGAAAAAACUCCAAGCCCUGGCAGGGAGGGCGUUCCAUGCUGGAGACCAUCAAGAAGGGUGGAGUUAGUGGGUUGACUGGAGAGCUAGAAUUUGGAGAAAAUGGAGGCAAUCCCAAUGUCCACUUUGAAAUUCUUGGAACCAACUAUGGAGAAGAGCUUGGCCGAGGUGUUCGCAAACUUGGGUGCUGGACUCCUGUCACAGGGCUGAAUGGGUCCCUGACUGACAAGAAACUGGAGAAUAACAUGCGUGGAGUGGUCCUGCGUGUGGCGACUGUUCUGGAAGAACCUUUUGUAAUGGUCUCUGAAAAUGUCCUGGGUAAGCCAAAGAAAUACCAAGGCUUCUCCAUUGAUGUUUUGGAUGCCUUAUCUAACUACCUGGGUUUUAACUAUGAAAUUUAUGUUGCACCGGAUCACAAGUAUGGAAGCCCACAAGAAGAUGGGACAUGGAAUGGCUUGGUGGGAGAACUAGUGUUUAAGAGGGCCGACAUAGGGAUUUCUGCUUUGACUAUCACCCCAGACCGUGAGAAUGUGGUGGACUUUACAACACGUUACAUGGACUACUCAGUGGGAGUCCUACUUCGAAGGGCUGAAAAGACAGUGGAUAUGUUUGCCUGUCUUGCACCAUUUGAUCUCUCACUAUGGGCUUGCAUUGCUGGCACAGUUCUUCUGGUCGGUCUACUGGUCUACCUCUUGAAUUGGCUUAAUCCCCCAAGAUUACAAAUGGGAUCAAUGACUUCUACCACUCUCUACAACUCCAUGUGGUUUGUGUAUGGAUCCUUUGUGCAGCAAGGUGGGGAAGUCCCAUACACAACUCUGGCUACCCGAAUGAUGAUGGGGGCUUGGUGGCUAUUUGCUUUGAUUGUCAUCUCAUCUUACACAGCAAACCUUGCUGCUUUCCUCACUAUCACCCGCAUUGAAAGCUCCAUCCAGUCUCUCCAGGACCUUUCCAAGCAAACAGAUAUCCCUUAUGGCACAGUCCUGGACUCGGCGGUGUAUGAACAUGUUCGCAUGAAGGGAAUGAAUCCUUUUGAGAGGGACAGCAUGUAUUCCCAAAUGUGGCGGAUGAUCAACCGAAGCAAUGGAUCAGAGAAUAACGUUCUGGAGUCCCAAGCAGGCAUUCAAAAGGUAAAAUUUGGAAAUUAUGCUUUUGUAUGGGAUGCAGCUGUAUUGGAAUACGUGGCUAUCAAUGACCCAGACUGCUCCUUUUACACCAUUGGGAAUACUGUUGCUGAUCGAGGAUAUGGAAUUGCAUUGCAGCAUGGCAGUCCUUACCGGGAUGUUUUUUCACAAAGGAUCCUGGAGCUUCAGCAGAAUGGCGACAUGGACAUCCUGAAGCACAAAUGGUGGCCCAAGAAUGGCCAGUGUGACCUGUACUCCUCAGUGGACACAAAGCAGAAAGGAGGUGCCCUGGACAUAAAGAGCUUUGCAGGGGUUUUUUGUAUCCUGGCUGCGGGGAUCGUCCUCUCCUGCUUUAUAGCCAUGCUGGAGACGUGGUGGAACAAGAAGAAAGGCUCCAGGGUCCCAUCAAAAGAGGAUGACAAGGAAAUUGACCUGGAGCACCUCCAUAGACGUGUAAAUAGCUUGUGCACAGAUGACGACAGCCCCCAUAAACAGUUUUCCACCUCGUCAAUUGACUUGACCCCUCUGGACAUUGACACUUUGCCAACACGACAAGCACUGGAGCAAAUCAGUGAUUUCAGGAACACUCAUAUUACCACAACAACCUUUAUCCCAGAGCAGAUCCAGACUCUUAGCCGUACACUGUCAGCUAAAGCUGCCUCUGGUUUCGCUUUUGGCAACGUGCCUGAGCACCGAACUGGCCCUUUUAGGCACAGGGCACCUAAUGGGGGCUUUUUCAGGAGUCCUAUAAAAACAAUGUCAUCUAUUCCUUAUCAACCAACUCCUACCCUGGGGCUCAAUCUGGGUAAUGAUCCAGACCGAGGCACCUCCAUAUGAGCAUCCAACAAAAUCUCUUCACUGUUUCUUUCGUAGGACUCCCUUUGCAAGGAGCGACUGU